UAUAGAAAUCACCACUCCCGUUAUUCAUGAUGAUUUCAAUAACAUCACAUAAUAACAUGUAACAUCACAUCCUGUAAACAUAGUCUGCCUGUGUCUUUUCUCUGGAAAUGAACAUUUUCAGCCAAUAUAGGUAAUACAUCAACAUGGCUGCCAUGUCUAAGUUAGGAAUAUUUAUAAUGUCAUUUCCAAAACUUGCAUAUGAUCUGCAAUUUGUAGCAGAUCUACUGACUGUCACAGAGCAGCUGGAGCAGUCUCAAAUGGAGGUCAGUCCACUACUGCUUAAUGAUUGGUUUCAGUCUUGACAAUCCUCAUUGCUGCCAUUGCAUCUUUCAAUGCCAGCAAUGAAAGAUGCAAUGCCAGCAUGCCAGGUAUCAGUGCUCAAACCUUCUGUGUUUGUUUCCAAUAAGUUGCCCACCUUGGGAAGCAAAAAUGUGUUCUUUUACUUGUCAGAUGAACAUAUGAGACACUUUGACUGCAGUGUGGAGCCUAACAAAGAUCUGUUUUGUGUCCCAGCUGAUCAGCAGGAGGAGAAGAGUCUGACGGAGCAGCAGAGGAACAUUUUCAGCUACUUGGACUCAGCUCAGCCACUACAGAGAAAACGAUGAGCUCAACACAGAAGGACCAACAUGGAGCGAGAAGUCAGCGCUCUCAGGAGGCCGACAAACCUCACAGAAGAAAGAGAGAGAAAACGUACACCUGUGACGAGUGUGGGAAGGAUUUUGCUGUGAAGGCUAAACUAAAACAGCAUCAGGUCAUCCACACUGGAGAGCGACCGUUCAGCUGUGACUUGUGUGGAAAGUCUUUUUCCAGGAAGGGUUCCCUAAAACAACACCAACUCAUCCACAGUGGAGUUAAAGCGUACACCUGUGAUCAGUGUGGCAGAGCUUUUAAUCGCAGUAGCAGCUUACAGAGUCAUCUAGUUACCCACUCUGGAAUUAAGGCAUACAGCUGUGAUGAGUGUGGGAAGGAUUUUGCUGAGAAGGCUUCACUAAAACGGCAUCAGGUCAUCCACACUGGAGAGAGACCGUUCAGCUGUGACUUGUGUGGAAAGUCUUUUUCCUUCAAGGGUUCCCUAAAAAGACACCAACUCCUCCACAGUGAAGUUAAAGCGUACAGCUGUGAUCAGUGUGGCAGAGCUUUUACUCACAGUAGCAGCUUACAGAGACAUCUAGUUACCCACUCUGGAAUUAAGGCAUACAGCUGUGACAUCUGUGGAAAAACUUUCAGCCACAGAGGAAGCCGAAAUAUACACCUACGCAUUCACACCAGACAUGAUGUGUACUGCUGUGAACAGUGUGGCAAAUACUUUGCUACAGACAAACAGUUACAACUACACAUGUUUAACCACACUGAGGGACGACCUUAUAAAUGUGACCUGUGUGAGAAGACUUUUAAAUCUCCACGUUACUUGAAACUACACCACCAAAUCCACACCAGAAAGAGACUCUACAAGUGCAGUUACUGUGAGAAGCAGAGCGACACAGAAGGAUCCAGUUCUCAACCCUGUCAUCACUGUGGUGGUGGGAAAGAGUUUCAUUGUGACCUCUGUGGAAAAACUUUCAGUCAGCAAGCCACCCUAAAAACACAUCAACGUAGACACACUGGAGACAAACUGAAAUACUGCAACGAAUGUGGGAGAAGCUUCACCAGAUCAUAUGACUUAAAGAAACAUGAACUGAUUCACAGUGGGGUUAAAAAGCACCUCUGUGAUCAGUGUGGGUCAUCCUUCACCACUGCAGGUGAGCUUAAAAUACACAAACGAGUCCACACAGGAGAGAAACCAUACAAGUGCAGACACUGUGACAAAAGCUUCUCACAUUCAGGUAAUCGUAACAAGCAUGAACGUACACACAUGGAAGGAAACUACAGCUGUGACCAGUGUGACAAGAGCUUCAGGAUUCUCAGUUCAUACUCCAAACACAAACGAUCCCACGUUACUAAUAAACUGUUUCACUGUUACCAAUGUGCCAAAACAUUCACUUCAUUGUCUGCUCUGUGCAAACAUCAGAGUGAUCACUCAGGGCUGAAAUCACUCCCAUCACUGGAUCACAGUGAAUCUGAAGAGACAGAAAGAUCGUCUGGUUUCAGAGUCAGACUCAAAAAGCUUGAGAUCAGGCUCCACAGAGUUCAGAUAGAAUCAUUUAAACUUGUGUUGAACUGAACUGGUUGCUGGGCUGAACUUCUACAUAAUACAGAUGCACAUGGGAUCUUAUUUUCUGUUGUUUUACUGAGUCAGUUUUGUCCUUUUUUCUCUGUCCUGGUUUUUCUCGUCUGUAAAUAAUUGAAACUCAGUCAAAUAGUUCAUUGUUCUCCAGCAAAACGUUUUGAAAACUCAUGUUUAACCUUUAAAACUCUGACAUGUUUUAGCACACAAGGCUUCAUCGGGGAGUUCACUCAUGAUUGGACCAUGAAAAUAAAGGUUUUUAGCUCUUUCAAAGAGAGUCUUGGAGGUGUUUGAUGUUUUUGUUUUUUCUGAAACCACCUGAAAGAAAAACUAUUUUUCUUGCUUUAUGUAGUGUGCAAGUUUUUAAUGUUUCUUUCAUCUGUGAUGUUCUUGAAUGUGUUCACAUGAAGCUGGUACAAAUAAACUGUCCUUUUAGCUUUAGCUCCUAAUUUAUUCAUUAGUUAUGGAUGUAGCACAGCAGCAGUUUCUUGAUUAACACAUGGAGGGUUCAGAAUCUGAUGGUAAAUAAUGUUUUGUGUCCUUGUACACAUCAUACAGCUCAGCUGUUCCACAGAUGUCAGGUUUACACAGUGGGAUGGUUUGUAAGAACGCAGCUCUCCUGUGGAUAAAUCCUUACUCUUAGUCCAAAG